AUGGACCUCGUAGUCACCGAUAAGGGAAGUGAAAGUAAUGAUAAAGGACAUACUGAUAAAGAAGAACACAUCAGAUGCAUAUAUAACAGCAGAGGAACAAAUACAGCAGAGGAACAAAUACAUCAGAGGAACAAAUACAUCAGAGGAACAAAUACAACAGAGGAACAAAUACAUCAGAGGAACAAAUACAACAGAGGAACAAAUACAUCAGAGGAACAAAUACAACAGAGGAACAAAUACAUCAGAGGAACAAAUACAACAGAGGAACAAACACAGCAGAGGAACAAACACAUCAGAGGAACAAACAUAGCAGAGGAACAAAUACAACAGAGGAACAAACACAGCAGAGGAACAAACACAGCAGAGGGAGGAACAAAUACAGCAGAGGAACAAAUACAGCAGAGGAACAAAUACAGCAGAGGAACAAAUACAGCAGAGGAACAAAUACAGCAGAGGAACAAAUACAGCAGAGGAACAAAUACAUCAGAGGAACAAAUACAGCAGAGGAACAAAUACAGCAGAGGAACAAACACAACAGAGGAACAAACACAGCAGAGGAACAAAUACAGCAGAGGAACAAAUACAGCAGAGGAACAAAUACAGCAGAGGAACAAAUACAGCAGAGGAACAAAUACAGCAGAGGAACAAACACAGCAGAGGAACAAACACAUCAGAGGAACAAAUACAUCAGAGGAACAAAUACAGCAGAGGAACAAAUACAUCAGAGGAACAAAUACAGCAGAGGAACAAAUACAGCAGAGGAACAAAUACAGCAGAGGAACAAAUACAGCAGAGGAACAAACACAGCAGAGGAACAAACACAUCAGAGGAACAAAUACAGCAGAGGAACAAACACAGCAGAGGAACAAACACAUCAGAGGAACAAACACAGCAGAGGAACAAAUACAACAGAGGAACAAACACAGCAGAGGAACAAACACAGCAGAGGUGCGCAGAGUUAAGCAGAGAGCAGGGGGCUCAGGUGCACCCAGUCUGGCAUCGUUAAUCAGAAUAGAAACUUGUUCAGGGUCUGUUACUUGA